GCAAGAGCAACCGGCGAAGCGCACGCGCCGUUGCUCGCACGCCACGCGACGAGUCCACGGCCACCUCGCCUCACCCUCCCAAAGUGCCCUCCCCUCCCGUGCUGUUUCGCUUUCCCUCCCCUCGCGUGCUUCGCAUGUCAACGCGAACAAAAAGAGCCCCCUCCUCCACCACCACCGCUGCCACGCAACGAAGCUUCGCUUUCGCUCCCACCACCACCACCAUCGCUCCUCACCGGCCCGGAGCGCUUCAACCCGUAUAAAGCCAGCGCCCUCGCACCACUCCCCCACUAGUCGCACUUCGAUUCCCUCCGCUUCACCUCUGCGGCGCCUCGCCUCUUCUUGACCUCCUCUCUGCUAAGGCAUCCCCUGCGUCGUCGGGCAUGGCGGCCGCGGUGGAAACAAGUGGCGGCGGCUGCGGGAGGAAGCGCAAGCGCGCGGCGUCUGGUCUCGCCGACCUCCACGACGACAUGCUCGAGCGCGUCCUCGCGCGCCUCCCGCCGGCCAGCUACUUCCGCCUCCGUGGCGUCUCGCGCCGGUGGCGCGCGGCCGCGGAGUCCACCACGUUCCGCGCCGCCUGCGCGCGCGUCCCGCCGCGGGACCCGUGGUUCCUCAUGCUCGAGGACUCCGGCAUCCAGGGCCAGGAGGAGCACCAGCAGCAGUUGCCGCCGCGCCCCGCCGUCGUGUUCGACUCAGCCGAGCGGGCCUGGGCGCGGUGGCGCGGUGCGCCGGGGCCCGCCGUGCCGGUGGCCGCUGCGGGAGGGCUCGUGCUCUACCGCGACGCGGCCACGGCGGAGCUCACCGUCGUCAACCCGCUCACGGGCGCGUCGCGCGCGCUCCCGCAGCCGCCGCCGGCGGCGAGCGCGGCUGGUGCGUUGCAGGCUGUCGCCAUGUACGGAUCACCGUACCGCGUGGUCCUCAUCCUGGGCGAGCUCCCGGACCUGUCCAUGGCGUUGUACGACUCGACCAAGAACGCGUGGGAGGGCGCCGUGGCGCUGACCCGGAAGGCGGAGGGCGACGACGAGGCCUCGUCGCGGGAACGCGUCGCGGAAGAAGGCGACGGCGGCGGCGACGACACGGUCUACUUCCUCAGCAAGUCCGGUGACGUCGUCGCCACCACCACGCAGCGGAGCGCGUCGCGGCAGUACUCGUCCGCCGUGGCGUGCCGCGGCGGCGGCGGCGGCGGCGGCGGCGGCGAGGACGUCGUGGCCUACUUCCUGAGCCGCUCGGGCUCGGUCGUGGCGUGCGAUCUGGCGCGCCGCGCGUUCGCGGAGCUGCCCCGGAUCCUCCCCGUGUACCACGAGUACUCCAUCGACGUGGUGGCGUGCGGCGGCGCCGCGUACGCGGUCGUCCUCUCGGAGUUCCUCGACACGGCGAGCUUGCGCGUGUGGGAGCACGCGGGCGGCUCGUGGCGGCAGGUCGCCGCGAUGCCGCCCGCCAUGUCGCACGCCUUCCGCGGCACCAAGGCCGACGUCAACUGCGUCGGCCACGGCGACCGCGUCAUAGUCUGCGUCAGCUCCGGCGACGCCGGUGCCAGCGGCUGCUUCAUGUGCGACGUCAGGUCCAACCGGUGGGAGGAGCUCCCCCCGCGCGCCGGCGGGGGCGAGGAGGCCUCCACGGGCUUCGUGGCCGCGCUCUCGUUCGAGCCAAGAAUGGAGGCCGCCGUCUGAUUCAAUAGGAGCCUCAUCGGAGUUUGCUGGUUCCCUCCGUGUUAUUAUUAUUUUUUUGAAACGAAUCCUCCGUCUGAUUCGUUAGAUUUGCUAAUCUGGCAUCCCUCAUGCCGAGUGUACGUAGUGAUCCAUGAUUGUUCAUGUGAAUCGUGCUCGCGAUUUCCUUUCCUUAGUGGUCGCUUCACGGCUUCA